AUGCAGCAGCCACCGCCACCCCUCAUCCCCACAAACCUUCCAGUCCUUCCUCCCACCAAACCGGCCGUGGGCACCAAAAGACGAGGGAGACCGCCAAACUACAUGAGGCCCGUCAACCUUCCGCCUCCGCAUGCGCCGGCUGGGGCUCCGCCGCCGGCCCUUUGGCAGCCGCCUCCGCCCGCGCCUCCACCUCCACGGCCAGCGCCCAGGAGAGUGCGGGUCCCGGAGCCAUAUGACAUAACCCGUCUCCCCGCCCUGCCGCCAUGGUCCGAGGUGCGGCCUGCCAUCUCUAAGCUGGUCCCCGUUCAUGCGGGCCCCGCUAACCCUGCCUUUUUCGCCUUCGACAUGAAAUGGCUUGUGCUCACCUCGGCCCACCAAAUCGAUCUGUGGAUCGACCAGGUCGAGGCCAUGGCUAGCGCCAGCAGCUGUCUCCGCGAGAUGACGACGCAGUUUACCGCUUUUCCCAAGCCCGGCACUGUCGAGGCCUUCAUCUGUCAGACGCGUUUCAUGUCUUGCUGGCACAUCCUCACCGAGACCAUCUCGGGGCCCGUGUGGGCCUACAUGCGUGCCCUGGGCUACAACAAGAUCCCCGUCUUCAAGGAUCCCGACGGCGUGCAGUGGCAGCCCGGCCCCGUCGACGCCUUCUACUUCGCCAGGCAGGCAGGCUACCGUCUGAACCUUCCCGGGAGCACGCGCCAGGCCAGGAUUGAGGUCGCAGCCAUGGUCGAGGAGCUUCGUGUCGCCAAAGCCGAAGACUACCCUUCCGAGGCCAAGUUUAAAAAGGGCUACGCAUGGCUCAAGAACAUCCUCGACAACAUGAUCCGGAACGGCGACCGACAGGUUCAGGAGGCCCUGUACGACGCGAGACCUGACUGGGCUCCAGUGUGGCCAGACGGACCAAUGGCCGAAACGCCCUGGGUACUCCGUGGCACUGCUCUUGAGACGGGGUCCAAGAAGGAGUUGAGGCAGGAAAAUGCCAGGAUACGGAAAAAGCAAGCCAGGGCCGAAGCCAGGGCCGAAGCUGCUGCCGCCGCUGCCGCCGCUUUUGAGCGGCAGGAAGCUGCCUUCUACUACCAGCGACCAGAACAGGCCCCGCCACAGGCCCCGCCAAGCUCAUCAUCUGAGGCGGCCGAGUCUCCCGAAUUUCAUGAAUCUCAUGAAUCUCCAGAUGCCCAGGACUCUAACGAAUCUCUAGAGGUGCAGGAAUCGGAUGAAUCUACCGAGUCACCCUAA